AUGAUCAUCCUCUCCUCCUUCAUGGAUCCUUCUGAUCCCGAGAUUGAAGCGGCCCCCACGAGGGGACUCACGGUCAACCUCUUCAACGACGGGUCCUGCACCGGCGGCAAGCUCCCUGGCUGGUACGUCAAGGGCAUCUGCUACUCGACUCAGGGGAACCGCGGGAUGACCAUCGAGAACACCAGACACCAUCCGUGCUAUCUCACGGUCUACAAGGGCGACGGUUGCUCCUCGGACGAUACCGCCGACCUGAACACGAAGCAGUGCUGGGAGAUUGGCAACCGCGGGUCGUUCAAGAUCACUUGUUCUUCGUGA